AUGACUCCCAGACUUACUAGGCUGCGAGCUGCUCGUGCUUCUCUGUCGUGGCGGCGGCGUCUGACGAAUCCGGUAAGGUGCCUUCUCACUCAAUCCUAUGUUGAAGGUGCAAAAACACCUCCAUUGAGCGAGGCUACCUUAGCGAGUUAUUUCGAAGACAAACUUCUUUCCAAGCUUUCGUCAAGGCCAGCUCUGAUAUGCAAGAAAGAGAGACCACAGGUGCACGGCGGUAGGCCGCAGGAAGAUUUACGACGAUCCGACUGUUUGGCUUGGAGUUUUCAAGAGUUCCAUCGUCAUAUUGAAGGGCUAAGCUAUGGCUUAUUGUCAUUAGGGAUCAAGAAGGGAGAUAGAGUCGCUGUUGUAAUGGGGAAUACCAGCGCGUAUGCCACUCUACAAUGGGCUUGUGCCAAAAUUGGUGCCAUACUUGUCACUAUUAAUCCUGCUUACCGAGUUCAUGAACUUAUUAGUACAUUAAAACUUGUCGGAGUUAGCACACUUGUCGUGGUACCGCGGAUUCGGACGUCAAGUUAUCUAACGGCAUUGGCAGAAGCCAUUCCAAGCUUGGCAUCUUGCCGCGCAGGGGAAAUACAAAUUGAGGAACUACCCGAGCUACGGAAUAUUCUCAUCGUAAACAACACGGAGGAUGGCGAAUUUAACAAGUUGCUGCGGAAUGUGAAGUGUGCUGUAGACUUUCGCGAAGCAUUCGAGUGGUACCCUUCUCCUAGUGAAGUAAAAGCGGUGGAUGAACUCCAAAGAGCCGCUUCUAAUGACGACAUAAUCAAUCUUCAAUUUACGAGUGGUACAACGGGGAUGCCGAAGGCAGUUUCACUCACCCAUAAAAAUCUCCUUAAUAACGGCAUAUCCAUCGGACGGUGUAUGAGACUGACCCCGGACGAUACUCUAUGUAACGUGCCACCUUUGUUCCAUUGCUUUGGCCUCGUCUUAGGUAACCUUGCUGCUUGGACACAAGGUGCUUGCAUCGUGUAUCCAAGUGAUAUCUUCCACCCUUCCUCAAUAGUCGAUGCUGUGGUGCAGGAGAAGUGCACUGCUCUCCAUGGAGUCCCCACGCAUUUCCUCGGUGUGCUGAGCGAAAUGGAGAAGCGGAGAACGGAAGGAGAGCAAUUAGAUUUCCGACGUUUGAGGACUGGGAUCGCUGCUGGUUCUUCUGUGCCUAUAGGACUGAUGCGUCGUUUAAUACAAGAACUACAUCUUAACGAGCUUACAAUUGCAUAUGGGAUGACGGAAACAAGUCCGGUAUCCUUUCAAACUUCACCAGAUGACCCACUAGAUAAACGCGUAGAGACGGUUGGAAGAAUCCAGCCUCAUGUCAAGGCGAAGAUUAUUGAUACGGAAGGCAAAGUUGUACCAGUAGGAACACCCGGUGAGAUAUGCGUCGCGGGGUACUUAGUGCAAAAGGGGUACUGGGGGGACGAAGAUCAGACGAAGGCGGCCGUGAAAACACAUUCUGAUGAUCCUCACACCUUGUGGAUGCAUUCAGGAGAUAUCGGAGUUAUGGAUGAGGAAGGCUAUCUUCGAGUCGUCGGCCGUAUCAAGGACGUCAUAAUCCGAGGCGGUGAAAACCUGUUUCCGGUAGUAAUCGAGAACAGAGUGUCGCUCCAUCCGAAGAUCAGUGAAGCAGCAGCAGUUGCUGUACCGGAUCCUAAAUAUGGAGAAGUCGUAGGUGCUUGGAUUACACUGGCGGAUAAUGCAAGUCUGUCGAGAGAAGAAAUACGAAAGUGGGUGGCAGAGGAGAUGAAUCCUCAGAAUGCUCCUGCAUGGGUCUGGUUUGUUGGCGAGGAUGGCGUUCCGCCAGCUCUUCCAAAGACUGCGAGCGGAAAGAUACAGAAGCAUAUCCUUAGGGACUGGGCGAAAGACCUUGUUGCUCGAGGUAUAGGCAGAGUACGCGAAUGACGUGCCGUCCAAAAGUAAUUAUGAUUCCUAGAUUUCCUGCAACGCCAUUCAAAUUGUUGCACGUAAGUCACCAUCGUGAAGCACUUUAACUGCUUGUAUUCUCCGAGAAAGCUGUGAGGUCUUAUUGUCAUUGAUGUAUG